AGGACUGUGGAAAAGGAGCCUGCCACCAUCGGAAGCAGAAGAGGAAUUUCUGUCUAUCUGUGUCCAUGUCUCUGCUCCGCUCCCGAGAUCAUCAUUCCCACAAAGACCGCCUGCCUCCCGCCUGCUGUUCCACCUCUGGAUUUAAGUCUGCUGGAUUACUGCUCGGACUCUCGGCUCAUUAUUCCAAGCUGCCACAUUUAAAUGGGAGGCAAAGUUGGACCUCCAUGGACUGCACAAAUGGUGACAAACAGUUUGAUUUCUCUGGCGCUAUUAAGAGCUUCUUAGCAUUCAAAAUGAUUUCACUUUUCUUCAGUAAAAGCGUUUUUAUAUGUAAAACAAUUUAAGCUUCUUCUCUUUGGUAGUGUCUGUUUAAAGUAGGGUAGUUAUUUGCAAUAAAAGCUUUGAACUUGUAUAUUUAGGCGCAUUUGGAAAUGAAAAAUGAGUGGGGAAGAGGGAUAGAUCUACGUCUCCAGCUACAGUUUUUUUAAACUUAAUCAGUCUAACCUUGGCUUUUCUGUUAUUCUUCAAGCCGAAAAUGUGACUGUGACACUUUUCUGUGCUCUCUUAGUGUCGGAUUUUUAUUUUUGGUCCAAGUGAAGGCUUAACAUCCAACUGCAGGUGAACUUGCAUCGCUUUCCUCUCUAAGGGAACCCUCAGACUAAACUCUUCCCUGUAACCCACUUAGAUCUCCCCUGUGGGGGCUUCUCUAAAACCUGCGUCCUACUCUAGUUUUUUUGAAGAAAAGUAAAAAAGCCGAACCAGCCAGAAAGGGGGUACUGGGAAGGAAGACAACCCCCCUCCCAAAGGUGAGAGGGGGGGGAAGAUGGCAGCUCUCGCCAGCUCUCUCAUCAGACAGAAACGGGCGGUCAAGGACGACCAAACCAACCGACCGGUAGCCAACAAGCGCAAGCCCUGUCCUAAGAGCAACAAGUCCUUGUGCCAGAAACAGAUCCUGGUCCUGAUCUCCAAAGUACGACUAUGCGGCGGUCGAAAAGGUCGAAACGAAAAAAGACCGGAGCCACAGCUGAAGGGCAUUGUUACCCGGCUAUACAGCCAGCAUGGAUACUACCUACAGAUGCAGCCUGACGGCACAAUGGACAGCACAAGGGAUGAAAGCAGCUCAUUUUCACAGUUCAACUUAAUUCCAGUGGGACUGCGGAUUGUGGCAAUCCAGGGGGCAAAGACAGGGUUAUACCUGGCCAUGAAUAGCGAUGGAUACCUCUAUACCUCGGACAACUUCACUCCUGAGUGCAAGUUCAAGGAGAGUGUGUUUGAGAACUACUACGUAACAUACUCCUCCAUGCUCUAUCGCCAGACCCAGUCUGGACGCUCUUGGUACAUCGGUAUAAACCGAGACGGCCAGAUCAUGAAGGGCAACCGAGUAAAGAAGACCAAAGGAGCAGCGCACUUCCUUCCUAAAGUUAUAGAAGUCGCGAUGUAUAAGGAGCCAUCGCUACAUGAGCUUGCUGGUGAGCCGGUGAGUCCUCCUCGGAAGACAGUGAAGACGUCAGAUUCUCCGUCCCUGAAAAAUGGACGGAAAGAAGCUCCAAAGGCUGAUGCCUCAUAGCGAAGGAGACUGAGGGUGGGACAAAGGGCAGCAGGGACACUGACGACACAGUCGCCCUUACUGCACUGAGGCUAGCUGAGAGAAUGGCCCUCUUUGGCCGCCAUAUUCCAGAGGUGCACUACAAGAUGCUAUGAUUUUAGAGAAAGGUCAGCGGUCCAUCAGUGGUCCAUCAGCAGCCAAGAAGGCCUAAAGAGGAGUCUCCCCCUCACCUGUCGGUCCAGGCCAGAACUACUACCCACUCCCCCUCAAAUUGUUUGUCUCUUUCUCUCCCCCUGGGACUCUAAUACACAGUCUCCUUCAUUUCUCUGUCAUGCUUCAAGCUUCUUUGUUCACUGACAUUACGCCUACCCACCGUCUGAUCUAUUCUGCUGUAUAUUCACCACUCACUCAUUCCCAGUGCUGACUCGGCAUCGUAAUCCUAACCCCUGGGGCCCCUUCUUGAGCCCUAAAGUUGGUGACAGUGUGGCUCAGCCAGCUUUCCACCCACCAUCUGCCGAGCAGCUAAGCUAAUCACCAAGGUCAACUAAAGCUCAAAGGGAGAUGAAACAGCUCAGAGUAAAGAUAGCUGCUGGGAUCCUGGGUCAGGUCAGGUCAGCUCUGCAAGAAUGCAUACGAGAAAGUGUGUGGAUAAAAAAAAAAAACAUUUAAGAGGAGUAUAUGACACUAAAACUAAAAUUCAUUAUCUUGUGUUUGUUCUCGUUUUGUUUUUCUUUGUUUUUCUUUAAGAAAUUAAUAUGGCAAAAUAUCAACUUCAAGAUACAUGAAUCGUCAACUCUGUAUGAGAUGAAGAUGAUACUGCUACUCAAAGGAUAAAAUCAAAACAAAAGCAAGUUGGUGAUCAUAAAGAAAAGACAUUGGGAUUGGAAUUGUAGGAUGGUAAUAAUGAAAAUAACCUCAUUUGAAAGGUUUUGAAGCUCACAGUAGAUGCACUGCUUGCAUUAGUGUCAUUUAAAAUCAAAUAAAUUACAAAAAAAUACAAAAUAAAAUAGUAUCUUCCUGGAAAGACGAGCCAUAACAUAGAACAUUUAAAAAUAGAGUCUAACUGCAGACUCUAGUGAAUAGAGCAAUAUUAGCAACAACAAGCCAGAGAAUAAUUCUCAGAAGAGAAAGAAAAUGAAUGAAUGGGAGAGCGAUGCCACUGUCUUCCCAGCGUCUCUUCUUUUAUCAGGUGACUACUUAUUAUAUUGCACUUACUCAUUGCAGGCUACAAAUGAACAACUGUGUCGUGUUUCAAAUCCCACAAUGUAUCUGAACUCCAGUCACCUGGAAAAGGAGCCGUAGUGUGUACUUCACUCAGCAUCUGCUGUCAGCACAAAGCCAGGUUUGAAGGCAAACAUCAAAGCCAGAGGAGCCUCUGAGCUGCAGCACUUGUUAUUCUGAGGACGUCUGGCAGCUUAUCCACUCGCUAGCUUUAUCAAAUCACCUUGGAAGAAUCGCCCUCAAAAAUGGAGUCGUCUGAGUGAAUGUCGUGGUGUGAUUUUGCUUUAACCCCUGUGUGUGAGGGGAUGACUUUCUACAGUAAAGAUGCACUUUUAGACCGUGUGUGUGUGUGUGUGUGUGUGUGUGUGUGUGUGUGUGUGUGUGUGUGUGUGUGUGUGUGUAUGAAGUGCCCCUGUCGAGGAGGAUGGAUAAAGAUACUGUGGGUAACCUCUACCAUGUCCUUCAGACAGGACAACACAGUGUGUCUUUGAUAUGUCUGUGUCUGUGAAUAGGUGAUACUUGGGGAAACUCCAUCUUGUGAACCUUUUUCACUGAUUGAAGAGAGUUUCAAUAAGGGUUGAGUAGUGGCAAGAAACCGGCGAUACAAUAUGAAGAUACCUAUAGGUAUGGAUGAGUUUAUUGUGACACUUUGCUGUAGUGUAAGUAAGGUAACAUUUUGCAUAUUUUAUGGCUCUGCCUGUUUUGUUGGCCUUUUCAUUCCCAUGUCCUUUGUAUUAACUCUAGCAAUAUAUACUUAAAUGAUAAGAUCAAUUGCUUUUUUGUUUACUUUGUUACAUUGGCAAAAAACUGUUUUAUAGCUAAAGCUAGAUUACAACACUGCUAUCUGGUGGUUGGUGUCGACACACAUUACAAAAUUAACCACUGCCAUGAAUCUCUGGGUGUUGUUAACUAUUGACUUUAAAUCGAUAAAGUGUUUUUGAAAAUGUAUUCAGUUUUCCAAAACAUUAUGUGAUAUGUCAUAUAUGGUGGGUGACUAUAAGACACUAAAGUGUAUUGAUAUUUUCUUACAUCCCUUUUUUGUUAACAUUUCAGAACCAAAAGAGUACUUAAGUUAGCCAUCAUUCUAUUUCUAUGUAAUCAGAUAAUGUUAAGAUGUGCAAGACUUACAUACAAACAUGCAAUGGCCUGAUGGGAAGUUGAGGCUUCUACAUGCAGAGCUUCAGAGCUGCAGGGUUUUGUAGUUGUCAUGUCAAUGCUGGCUACUGUUGGAUGCUGUCUGCUCUUAUAAUGCACUGAAGGGAAAAAAAUGUCACCACAAUGUUCAGUCAGAGUGAAUGUGUAUGGAUAUGACCAACAAAUAACGUCACAAGCUAUGUCAGGAUGAGCAAUGCUUGGAGAUAUGGAAGACAAACAGUGAAAAUCCUUUCGUUAUGGACUUAUAUUAUAGAUUAUCUUCAGGUGGUUUUAAGGCACUGGUAUGGUGUUUAAUUUUAAUGGCAACAUAAUGUGCAGAGAGGUUGUAGAAUGUGAAACAGAGGCUGUGAAGAAUGUGCUCUAUUGACAGUGAGAGUAAGUGUGAAAUAAGGAGUUGAAUUGUAAAGAGGUCAGCACAUGGAAGCAGUUGUUUGGAGAGACUGGAUUAGCAGGUGUAUUCUUGUUGAAUGUUGAUAAGGAAUUUCUGCAGGAAAGUAAGUAAAAUUCUUGGCAGGGUUUUACGCUGUGUGUGGAUAUGAUAAUUAAUGUGAGACAAAGAGGCAUGUAAGGCACUGUGAGCUAUUUAUGACAGGGGUCUAUGGAGGAAAUUAGUUCGGAGGAUUUGGCAUUUUUUCACGAAGUCGUUAAUUUUCUGCACUUUUCCAGAGGGAGUAUCACUCAGUUCAAAUUUGGAUAUUUUGUCCUUGUAGCACAUUUUGCAUUGAAGACCUACGAAUGCUCCCUCUCCCUGGUGAAUUUUGGUACAGCCUAAGUAUGAUGUCUCACUGGGCAUUACCAACUACUAUAAGAUAUCAAAGUGUGUGCACAGCAGGUAGUACACAAUGCUAGGCUUAUUUUAGCUGCCAGGAAGGACUUGUACAGUUUUUGAGUAUUUAUGUCCCAUCUGGGAGCUUUUUUUUACUCCACUCCACAUUACUAAGUUUAUCCUAAGUCCAUUAUCUAAAAGUGAAGCGCUUGAAAGUGCAAAUCAGCAACUGCCAAAUUUAAGACAUAGGUGCAUUUCUUUUCUUCAUGGGCUGGAAAUAGCAAUGACUUGGAUUGUCAAUUGAUCUGCCAUUAUUUUCUUGAUUUCCCAUAAUGUCUAAAAUAAAUCAGAAAAUUAUGAAAAAGCCAGUUUCAAACAGCCUAAAUGGAUUUCGUCCGAUGUCUGAUUUUGUCAUGGAGCUGGUUCCAGAUAAACUUUGAAUUUUUGCUUCAACUUUAAACUGAUAAUCGAAUUGGCUGCCAAUUGACGAUGUGAUAAUAACAGAAUUUGCUGAGCUGUCCUGUACAGUGACAGAGCACGUAUAUGUUUAACUUAUAUAAAGUAUCCCUCACCAUGGCUAAAAUGUUACAGUAUAACUUUAUCAUGUAGCAUGGAGAUCUCCAUCCUCCAUAGACCUUACUCUCAAAAAGCAAUCAGUCCUUACUAUUGUAACACUGAAGAAUGACACUGUAAGUUGUCCGAUUGUAAUACUGCAAGUACACAGAGAAGAAAAAAGAAUGUAAAUAAGACCGACGUCGAACGUGAAGUUAGAAAGACGAAGAAUGUAGGUUAAGAAGAUCUGAACAGAACAGUAAGUUGAUGAAUGUAAAGUUAGGGAGUUCAGAGGUGAGUAAGUGCAUUGAAGGCUGCAGAAGGUAUGCUUUAGAUCAUGGUUGUAGAAUGUAAAAGUUGUGGGUGAAAAAAGGUUGUUUAAGUUCCACAGGAAAGGUUUACUGUGAAGUAGAUGAGGUAUUAAGAGGAUCUUUGUAGUUUGAAGAAGUGUUUUCCCAUUGAGACUACUUUUAUGUUGCAAAGCUAACAGCGGGGUGGUAACAUGGAAAAUAAAAACCCUGAUACAGUUUGUGUGCCUACGCAAGAGAGAUUUAAAGUCGUAAUCCCUGUCCCUUCCCUACAGCAUCUCUUUCACCACAGCCUACAGUCUAUACAGCCCAUUAACUUUCUUUUCAACACUGUUUCCUGUGUAGGUGUAUACUGUGUGUUUAUUAGUCUGUGUGUGUUUGUGUGUGCAUGUGUGUGUGUGUGUGUGUGUGUGUGUGUGUGUGUGUGUGUGUGUGUGUAUCUAUGAUUAAGAGUAAGGUAUAAGACAAGACACAGAGGCAAGGAGAAAAAGUAAAGGGCAUGAGAUUGAAACAGUGAUCGAUAGACUCAAUAAACCACAAACUGGAGAACAGCCACACUGUGAUGGGUGCAAAAAUUUCCCCAAGGUCUGCCAGAGACAGCCAAAUCCAUUUGUUCAUAAUGAACUCAUAAGGGCCGCUCUUUGAUUUCUUCCUGUAAACUCAACAAACAACCCAGUUGGAUGAGAACAGAAGCAAGACUUUUUUUCCUAAGGCCCAACAGGAUGUGCAUUAACAGCCAUAUUAUCCUCUAGGUAAAAAAAAGAAAAGUACGACAUAGUACGGGUAAAUAACGUUCCUAAACUUGGCCCACCGAAAAUAAUAGACAACAGAAACUGUGGCACCUUAUAGCAUUAGUCAUUGCUUGAAACAUAAAACAAGUUAACUCGCUGUCUAAGCAGGUACUUAAGAAAUUAAGAAAAGCAGGGAAUCCCUCUUUAACAGAGUUUAUGGGGAAAAAGAGGCAAUAAUAAACUGCAGCUACAUCAUCACCACAAAUGUUUAAGCAAUGCAUUAAAGAUUUAAAUUAUUUAUCACCCUUUUUUAACUUUUGCCAACAUCCAGGGAAACUUUGGGGGGAAACAUUGUCAACAUUUGAAGUGAAUCGGAACAAACGAGGCAUUUUAAUCACGCUGUAUAACAAUACGGUGUGAGAGAAAAAUAAUGUUUAGAAUAUGAGACCAUUCAAGAUAUACAUCUUCUUUUCUUUUCUUUUGAAUAUAGGGUUUUGUUCUGUUUUUUUAAUCAAGUUAGAAAAAAAUGACUUUCAAAACAUUUUUUGUCCUUUUGUGAAUAUCCCUUAAAAUACUCACAAAUUGACCCACUUAACUGCAGACCAUUAUGAUCAAACUGAAGCUCAGCACUGUCAAAAACCACACGGCAUUCCAAUGUUAGAGAAAAUGUUAUUAUUCAUGUUCCCCAAAUACACAUGUUCAAAACAUUAUUUACACUAACUAUACCAUGAAAUCUGUCUGUUUAGAGGGAAAUCCGUGUAUGAAUGGCUCCCUCUAAUGGUCGAGCUUGGAUGUUAAAUACUACUAAUUAGGGAACUGCUUUACCAUCUGAUUUCCUGAAUUAUAUGAUGACGCCGCGUUGUUCAAUGCCUUCUUAUUUUGGUUAUGAAACACUUCAAACGUGCAGCAGAUCCUCACAUGUGAUUGGUGCUCUACUAUUUAAUUUUUUUUAAUUUAAAUUUAAUACAGAUAAAAUUGUCACUGUGAGUUAUGGUACCCUGCAGUGUUCCAUACUGAAAUACCGUAUCCAGUGAUAAAUUGGAUGAACAUUACAACGUCAAGAAUAAGAGAAAACAGUUUGGGAUAAGACGUUUUUGGGGCUGCUGAAGUCUUUAAUGACAGUACAGAAAGAAUGUGUGUCACUCUCACUGUUUCUAUGUAUUCAAUAUUGAGAGCAUGAUUCUUCAAGGGUUAAGCCUUGAAUGCAACACUGAGUUUCAAUACUGCUGUUUUUAAGUAAUCAUUCUUGUGAACUGGUACAACUCAGACGACAUUUAAACUGUUCUUUAAAAGAUCUUUUUGGCUGCUGCUGCAUAUAAUGUGUCACGUCGGCAGCCUCUCAGAGGAAUGAAUAAAAUGUGAAGGAUGUAACAUGUCGCCCUUGAUCUCUGUUCCACAUAGCUGCAUGCUCUCAGACAACAAAUCCAGUCUCGAUGGCAUAAAUGUAAGGAAGGCUGCCAGUUUACAUGUAUGUUUUUGUCAAUGAUACAAAUAGCAUAAAUCUGAUGUAUUAUGUCAGGUCUUUUUUUCAGAAAUGUAUUUUAAUAGUGUUGAGAAAUGUUUUCAUUGUCUUUGGUUGUUCUACUUUGUCAUGUUUUCUUUUUAAUGCAGAAGGAAAAAAAUGUUGUUGCUCCUCAAAUAUUUCUUACUAUGUGCUGUAUUUUUUGUCUUUGGUCUGCGCUGUUGUAUCCACACUGACGUGUCCUCAGAGUGAACUUCAACCAAACUGAAUCCCACUGUGCGCCUGAGCUGUGUGUUUGUGAAAGAUGCAAUGUAUUCACGGGGAAACAGCAGGAAAACAACUCCUUAAAGCCAACAUGUGUCCUACCAUACACAGCAAUGUGACCUUGGUGGUCUCAGAGUUAUGGUUACGCAAGUCUUCCAGAAGGUUCCCACAACCUUUCCCCCUACUAUUGUGAACUUCCAAUCUUUUUGUCUUCCGAGAAACUGACUAUAAAAAAAGGAUAAAACAAAAGAAAAAGCCAUAAAUAAAAAUGAGCCUUGGCAGUGAUUAGCCUCAGAUAUAAGGCUUGAAUCGUCAGGCGCCUCCUGAGUGUUCCCAGCGAUUUUGAAAAGUGUUGGACUCCUUAUAAGAGCCAAAGCAUGCCGAGGAAACGUACUGGCUUUUUUUUUUUUUGACUACUUUGGGAAGCAGAAAACAGGAAUAAAGACCAGCAAUAUGCAACUACCAGCCUGCACUCAAGGAAGAAAAACAAAUUCAACAACAAACUACAAUCAGGAUUCGCAGGCUACACAGGCAACCAGUGGUCCGCAAUAAUAACUGCUAAAUGUCUUGACCGACCUGGGUAAUUCUUUUGCAAAGCAUGCAUUCGUCACUGUUGUUUGGCUAAUUUGGGAUGACUCCCUCUCAGUAUCUACAGACACAAGCCCUCGAUUCACCCUCUCUCCAUGUUUGCCAUCAGAUCUGUGUACAUUUCUACAAUAACUCCUAUAUGAAAUGAAAGGAGAUGUCGUAUUCUGAAAUAUUAUUCAAUAAAAUAACAUAUAUUUGUAUGAUU